AUGGCAGAGCCUGGGACCCUACCCCCUGGCUUUGAGGAGCUCGAGGUGCUGGCUGUGGGGACAGUGCUGCUGGUGGAAGCACUCUCCGGCCUCAGCCUGAAUGGCCUCACCAUCUUCUCUUUCUGCAAGACCCCGGAGCUGUGGACACCCAGCCACCUGCUGGUGCUGAGCUUGGCUGUGGCAGACAGUGGGAUCAGCCUGAAUGCCCUCAUUGCAGCCGUAUCCAGCCUCCUCCGGCGCUGGCCCUACGGCUCGGACGGCUGCCAGGCUCACGGCUUCCAGGGCUUUGCUACGGCGCUGGCCAGCAUCUGCGGCAGCGCAGCCAUCGCCUGGGGACGCUACCACCACUACUGCACGCGCAGCCAGCUGGCGUGGAACACAGCCGUGCUGCUGGUGCUCUUUGUGUGGCUGUCUUCGGUCUUCUGGGCAGCCCUCCCCCUCCUGGGCUGGGGCCACUAUGACUAUGAGCCGCUGGGGACGUGCUGCACCCUGGACUACUCGAGAGGGGACAGAAACUUCAUCAGCUUUCUCAUCACCAUGGCCUUUUUCAACUUCCUCAUGCCCCUCUUCAUCACCCUGACAUCCUACAGCCUCAUGGAGCAGAAACUCGCCAAGAGUGGUCGUCUGCAGGUGAACACCACUCUGCCAGGCAGGACACUGCUGUUCUGCUGGGGCCCCUAUGCCGUCUUGUAUCUGUGUGCAGCCGUGGCGGACAUGAGCUCCAUCUCCCCCAAACUGCAGAUGGUGCCUGCCCUCAUCGCCAAAACUGUGCCCACAGUCAAUGCUGUCAACUAUGCCCUGGGCAGCGAGGUGAUCCGUAGGGGCAUCUGGCAGUGUCUCCUGCCAGAGAGGAGUGUGCGGGGCAGGGCCCAGUGA